AUGCACUUCCUAAACCUCCUCCUCAUUGACUUCCUCUGCAUGCUCGCGCAACUUACAGUUGCUACCCCCGCCCCCCUCGGGGGCCCCCUCGAGAAGCGGCAAUGCAGCAUAAACGGCUGCGAGUGCGUUCCCGGCAUCCACCCGAGCCAGUACUGCUGGGGGUGCAAGUAUGUCACCAAGGGGGGUAGUGACCCUAGUGUUGACUACAGGGGAUGGAUAUAUGAGUGCGCACCGACUGGGCGUUGCUGUACUUAUGGGCCGAGGAAUAGCUGUAAUAACGCGGCGGAUCCGUGUUGGCCGUAG